GACGCCCAUCCCGACUUGCGACAGCGUUCAAGCGGAUCUCUCGGAGGGUGGACACGUUGCCGAUGAAGCCAUGCGAAAUUGCGUCUUCAAAAGCAACAACAUCCUCGGAACCGCUGCGGCUAGUCCUCCGAUGGAUGGGGAUACCAGUAAUUCUCACCGGCUUCAGGGCCCCGCCAGGAUAUAUCCAGCUUGUCCUUAAUCAUAUGGCUGGAAGUGAGGGAGGCAACUUCAACCUUGAAGAAGCUUUCACGCACAUCGUGCGGCCUUGCUUGCUGACCGGACCUAUGGGACCUUCGGGGAUUGCUCCUAGGCCUGAUGGACAUACCACGCGAAGACCCAAAGUAUACCAAGGCCCUCGCCAAGGUGUCGGACCACAUGAUCGACGUACGGAUGCUGUUGAAGGAACUUGCCCUCGUCGACGAGCUCAAGAACGCGACUGAUGGUAUUAUCUGUCUUCGGGACAUUCUGGAGGGAAACCGGAUCAUGUGGAGGGACUUCUCAGACGCGAUGGAGGAGGCGCUCUCAAGCCUCUCAAGCCCGAUGGAGAUGGAGCGCUUCCACAGUCGCCGGCAGUCGUUGAGGGAAGCUCGCGCCCAGAAUGAGCACAUGCUCGGCCAGGCUAGCAGUCUGCAACAGAAAGCCUACACCAAUCCGGAAUAUCUCCAAGACCUGGUUGAGUUCAAACAGGCCCAGUCCAAUCUGAUGGAAUCACACUUUGCUCGUCGCCAGGCCGAAGCGACAUCCAGACAAGGCAACAUCAUCAUGUUCUUCACCUUCAUGACCAUCUUCUUCGUAAGUGUUACCCGAGUCCCCAAGGCAAAAUUGAGUCAAAGAAACUCAAUCGACUUACAAAACGUGCAUUCCUCACUCUCCCUGAUGGCCACCUUCUUCACCCUGAACGUCACCACAUUUCCCAAAGACGAUGCCGGCGAAGUUGAAUUCGGAUUAGGAUAUGUAUGCUGGAAUAUCGGUAAGCUUUCUCACUCUGUCCACUCGACCAAAUUGCUGAUCAACCUCUGUCAGUCGUCUGGGGCAUCGUCAUCUCGGCGCCCUUCAUGCUGGUCGCGGCCUUCCUGAACACGACGUUCAAGCUGAUGAAGAAGUUCCGGCAUACCGUUUUCUCACUCUUGUCCGCGGCAUUGGCUUGGGUCCGCGGACCGGAUGUGAAGGACAUGGGCGAUUCUGGAUCAAGUGGCGUCCCUUGACGGACUCGACCUUACCCCGAACCAUGAAGCUUCCAUUUCCCUUCCC